UUUCUCCUACCUUCUUCCUCUCUGUUCUCUACUUCUCUUUUUCUUUUUCUUUCUUCUUUUUCUCUCACCCCCUCUCCUUCUCCUUCUCCUUCUCUUUUUCUUUCUUUUUCUCUUCUUCUCCUUCCUUCUUGCUUCACCUGAGCUGCUGCUGCUUCUCACUAGUGCCCCCUCUCCUUCUUCUUCUCCUUCUCGUCCUGUGCAUCCUUAGUGCCGCCUGUGACAUCUCCACCUUCAGUGCCGCCUCUGCCAAAGGCACCACCGGUGCCACCUCUGACAUAGGCGGUUCCACCCCUGACACGUACCAUUUUGGUACAUAAUAUUUUCCCCAUAUUAUUUUCGUAUUUUUCUUUUUUUUUUCUGUACUAUUUUGGCAAAAAACCCUAUAUAUGACAAGCCUACGUGGGUUAGUCGCAAUAUUUAUGGUUUUUUACGUUGGCCAUGUUUUAUUUUCUUCCUGGUUUAAUUUUUCUUUCACUCCCUAUACUUUUUUAAUAUUUACUUCUUCUACUUAUAAUUCUAGAAAAUUUUAAAUCCCAACAUGCGGACUUUACCUUUCACAUCAAAGCAUAAAUUCUAAAAAUAAAAGCAUGGGGACUAAUUUGAAAAGUCUAGACAAUACAGAAGAGACCGAGAGAAAAUUAAACCUUUUUAUAGAUUAGAAAAGAGGAACACAUAGUAGCAAGUAAGCGUGAAUAAAUCUGGUCGUGGUUCACACUAAAGAAAUAAAACCUGUCUGCAAAAUAAAAAAGUUUGAUGAUGAUGAUCAUCAUCAUGGUCGCGGUCGUAAUCUAUAUUAAUUUGUUGUGUAAAUUCUCAGAUACUUUUUCCUUAUAAAAAGAGAUCCUUUCUUCUCACUUUCUUUCUAUAGAAUCUCUUCCCUUUUUCCUCUAAUCAUCUUUUGCCAUCAAAUUUUCCCAUCAAAUUUCACUAUUCUUUCGGUAAAUAUCCAUAUGUAUUAUAUAUAAAUACUAUUUUCUUCUUACAUUCUGAACCUAGUUUCUUUCUUUUUUCUUUUUUUCCUUUCCCAUGGUUAUGGAUCAUCAUUCACCACCCAAAAACUUUUUAACUCGACUCAAUUCAGCCGUAGCCAAUAGCCGGGUGGGGAAACGUUUCAAACUAGCGGAAAGGAACUCUACUUUCACCACCGAGUUACGUGCCGGCACCGCCACUUUCCUCACCAUGGCUUACAUCUUAGCCGUCAACGCUUCCAUCCUCGCCGACUCAGGCGGCCCUUGCGGCGUCUCAGAUUGUCUUCCUUUAUGUUCCAACCCAUCCGUUCUGUUGUCCAACUGCACCGGGUCGACUCUCCGAAUCAUCCAGCCCGAUUUGUCAUGCAAAUUCGACCCGGUCAACCCGGGUUACGCUUCGUGCUUGGAAACAGUACGUAAAGAUCUCAUAGUCGCCACCGUUGCUUCUUCUCUUAUUGGCUGUUUAAUUAUGGGUACUUUCGCGAAUUUGCCCCUCGCCUUGGCUCCAGGUAUGGGGGCAAAUGCGUAUUUUGCCUAUACGGUUGUCGGGUUUCACGGGUCGGGUAAUGUUCCAUAUGAAAGUGCUUUAGCGGCAGUUUUUCUAGAAGGCUUAAUUUUUCUGUUCAUUUCAGCAAUUGGGUUCCGGGCCAAGUUAGCUAAGUUGGUACCUAAACCGGUUCGGAUCAGUUCUUCCGCGGGUAUCGGACUUUUUCUCGCCUUUAUCGGGUUACAAAAUAACCAAGGAAUUGGGUUAAUCGGGUAUAAUCCGUCGACCCUUGUUACUCUAGGCGGGUGCCCAAGUUCAUCUCGGGUUUCAGUCGCCCCUGUUCUAGCGGCGGUUAACGGAACCGUCACUCUGAUACCCGGCGGCACCGUCUCAGGUGAUAUAUUAUGUUUACGUGACAGAAUGGAGAAUCCCACAUUAUGGCUUGGAAUCGUGGGGUUUGUGAUCAUAGCAUAUUGUUUGGUGAAAAAUAUAAAAGGUGCUAUGAUUUAUGGUAUAGUAUUCGUGACGGCCGUGUCUUGGUUUCGUAACACUAGGGUGACGGCUUUUCCGAACACCGACUCUGGGAAUUCUGCUUACAAGUAUUUCAAGCAAGUCGUUGACGUCCAUUUAAUCGAAACCACAGCCGGGGCAUUAAGUUUUAAAAAUUUAGGUAAAGGUUACUUUUGGGAGGCUUUGGUCACCUUUUUAUACGUUGACAUAUUGGAUACAACCGGUACAUUGUAUUCCAUGGCGAGAUUCGCCGGUUUCACCGACCAAAACGGCGAUUUCGAGGGUCAAUAUUUCGCUUUCAUGUCGGAUGCAACGUCGAUCGUGGUGGGAUCAUUGCUGGGGACAUCCCCAGUGACGGCAUUCAUCGAAUCAUCAACGGGGAUACGAGAAGGUGGACGGACGGGAUUAACGGCGUUGACGGUGGCGGGUUACUUUUUCCUAGCGUUUUUCUUCACGCCGUUGUUGGCGUCGAUACCGGCGUGGGCGGUGGGGCCGCCGUUGAUAUUGGUGGGAGUGUUGAUGAUGAGGGCGGUGGUGGAGAUAGAGUGGGAGGACAUGAGGCAGGCAAUCCCUGCAUUUGUGACAUUGAUAAUGAUGCCGUUGACAUAUUCGAUAGCAUAUGGAUUAAUAGGUGGGAUCGGAACAUACAUAGUGUUGCACGCAGGGGAUUGGGCGGAGGAACUAAUGGUGAGAAAAGGGGUGGUGAAAAGGAGAGGGAAUGCGGUCAACGGAGCACAUGAGGCAGCAAUUGAGGGCGGAAGUGUGAAAGCAGUUGAAGUGGAUCAUGUCUAGAACUAGAGCGCUCUGAUUGAAACGAAUUUCGGUCUUUUGUUUUGUCUCUUUUGGACAAUAUCUUUGUAGUCUUCAAUAUUUGUAAAGAACCAAAAAACAAGCUGAAGAAGUAGGAUAACAAAUGGAUUCCCUUUUCACUUACAAA